AUGUCUGGUCUGGAAGAAGUUGGUAUCGCCGGUGGUGAUUACUUGCGGGAGGCAUUGACGAACUGUACUGACCCUCUCGCUGCUAUCGAAGAAUUCCAAGUCGAAAAUGGCAUACUGUUACCAACUUUGCAACCUGCCUUGCCGCUUCUCGAUCUACAUGAAAUUCACCGAUACGAGUUUCACCAGUCGGUUUUGGAGCAACUCCGCGACAAGCUCCUUGAACGAAUUAAUGAGCUGUCUAAGCAGGAAGAGAAAAAUAGUAUGGCUAAAAUUGAAGAGUUAUUAGAGAAAAGUUUCCCUUUGAUUCGCAUCGCUGCUGUUCGUCCAGUUGUCAUGACCUUAAUGAAAUAUAUGCCGGAAGUGCCUGAGAAAUAUCUGCAAGUUUUAGUGGAAGAUAGAGAGCUGUAUGAAGAGGCUGCAGUGGAAGUUAAACGUCAGAUUUGGCAGGACAAUCAGUCGCUGUUCGGAGAUGAAGUAUCCCCUUUGCUUUCAGAAUACAUCAAACUGAAAGAAAAACAGUUAUUUGGUGUAGAGGCCGGUGUCCAAUAUUUUUAUGCCUCCCCGCCUAAACUUAGACGACAAGGUAGUGUUGUUGUAAAACUCACUGAAAUGGUCGGUAAAAACAUCAAGCUGUAUGAUAUGGUUCUUCAGUUUUUGAGGACGUUAUUUCUAAGAACUAGAAAUAUUCAUUACUGCACUCUUCGAGCAGAACUGUUGAUGUCGCUGCACGACCUUGAAGUUCAUGAAAUUUGCUCGAUUGAUCCUUGUCAUAAGUUUACUUGGUGCCUUGACGCAUGCAUCAGGGAACGAUUUGUGGACGAAAAAAGAUCAAGAGAACUGCAGGGGUUCUUGAAUGGGGUCAAGAAAGGUCAGGAGCAGGUUUUAGGUGAUCUGUCCAUGAUUCUGUGUGAUCCCUUUGCAAUCCACACACUGGCGACCAGUUCAAUCAAGAUUCUGAACCAACUUGCCAGUACUGAGUCCUUACCCAGAGAUAGUUCCGAAUUAAUACUACUGCUAAGAAUGUUGACACUAGGACUUGGAGCUUGGACUAUGAUCAACUCACAAACCUUUAGAGAGUCUAAACUAGAUAAUGACUUAAUACUGAAAUAUUUGCCAUGCGUCUUGGGGUUUAUAGUUGAUGACCACACACAAGCAAUCAGGAAGAGACUAGGUGAAAGCGAGAACCUAAAAAGCCUGUUGCCAGAUACGUACUUAAAGUAUCUGAAAAAAGAUCAUGUAGCGUUCACACUCGCUAUAUACUACAUAAUGAACGUAGCUAAACAGAAGAACCGUAUCGCCGUAAGUCGUCUGUUACCGUCACUUUUGAAAGGAGAAAGCGAACGUUCUUUUGAAGACACAUUUCUGCAUCCCUUGUUAUCAUCUAUUGCGCUUCUCUGUGAUGAAUUCAGCUCAGAAGAGUUCUGUAAUAUUGUUUUUGAUGAGUUUUUCAUUCCAGCCUCGUCCGUGGAGUCAGUAAGGCGGCAUUCUUUGAGGCUACUUCAUUUUGUAUUUCAUCGAAUGUCGCCAAAGGUUCUUAAUAGAGUCAUGGAGUCACUAGAGCCUGAAUUAGAAGUCACUCAGUGCAUUUCUUCAUCAAUGACCAACUAUGCAUAG